AUGGCUAAAGAUCUGCCGGACGAGGUAUUGGCGAAUCCCGAGUUGUAUGGGCUGAGGAGGUCGCAUAGGACGCCUGUCGGGGGGAGUACACAAGCAACUUAUUACGAGAGUAACGACGAUGAAGACAGCGUAGUGGUCUCGGGACGCGGCCGCAAGAGGAAAAAGGCGAUAGAUAUCGAUUCGUAUUCGGAGGAGGAGCCGGCAGACAAUGAGAGCACGAACGAGGACAUCAGCGGCGAUGAGGAUGAGGAUUUCGGCGCGCCGGUGAGGCGACGCCGGAAGAAGGGCCGCCGGGAGUUGAGCGCAGAGGACGACAUCAUGCUGCCCACGCGCUUCUCGUCGCGCAACAACAAAGCUGUCAAUUACAAUAUCGAUUACUCGGACGACGAUUUGCUAGAGUCGGCUGAGGAGGAGUACGAGGGCGAUGAGGGCGACGAAGGCGAAGAAGAGGCGUACGCACAGACGCCCCAGAUACCAGACGAACACGGGAUCGACUUCGUCGUGACACACAGGCUCCAUGAAGGCCAUACUGAGCCUGUGGAAUGGGAUGUACCGGAAUGCAAGGAGUGCUACGAGUUUCUGAUCAAGUGGAACAACGAAUCGCACAUCCACAACACGUGGGAGACAGCGGAGUCGCUUGGGAAUGUCCGCGGCGUGAAGAAGGUGGACAAUUACAUCAAGCAGUACAUUCUGUUAGACCACGAACUGCGUACGGACAAGUAUACGACUCGCGAGGAUAUAGAGGUGAUGGAUCUUGAACAUGAACGGCGCUGCGAUGAGUUUGAAGAAUUCAAGAAGGUUGAACGGAUCAUUGAUUCCGACCGCGUAACUUUGGAUGAUGGUAGCUCACAGUUGCAGUACCUCGUGAAGUGGAAACGCCUAAACUAUGACGAGGCGACCUGGGAAAAUGCGAGCGUCAUAGUGAAGAUGGCCCCGGAGGAGGUGAAACGUUUUCAGAGCAGGUCGAGCUCCAAGAUCCUUCCACAGCAUUCGAGUAAUUACGGCUCUCAGCGGCCUGGGUUUGAAAAGUUGAGUGUCCAGCCUUCUUUUAUCAAAGGCGGCGAACUACGUGACUUCCAGCUGACUGGUAUAAACUGGAUGGCCUUUCUGUGGUCGAAAAGCGACAAUGGGAUAUUGGCUGACGAAAUGGGGUUAGGUAAGACUGUUCAGACCGUCUCCUUCAUAUCCUGGCUGAUUUUUGCCCGCCGGCAGAAUGGUCCUCAUUUAGUAGUCGUUCCGUUGUCCACCAUGCCUGCAUGGCAGGAGACGUUCGAGAAGUGGGCACCAGAAUUGAACUGUGUUUACUACAUGGGUAACCAGAAAUCAAGAGAUGUGAUAAGGGAAUACGAAUUCUAUACCAAUCCUCACACGAAAGGUAAAAAAAAUAUCAAAUUUAACGUUCUUCUAACCACUUACGAAUAUAUAUUAAAGGAUAGACUCGAGCUUGGGGCAAUAAAAUGGCAGUUUUUAGCUGUUGACGAGGCCCACCGGUUGAAAAAUGCAGAAUCGUCAUUGUACGAGUCUCUAAGCAGCUUCAAAGUGGCCAAUAGGAUGCUGAUUACUGGUACUCCACUCCAAAAUAAUAUAAAGGAACUAGCUGCGUUAGUGAAUUUUCUAAUGCCAGGUAAGUUUACCAUCGACCAAGAAAUAGAUUUUGAAAACCAGGAUGAAAAGCAAGAAAAUUAUAUCCGUGAUUUGCAUAAGCGAUUGCAGCCUUAUAUCUUACGUCGUCUGAAGAAGGACGUUGAGAAGUCGCUGCCAUCUAAAACUGAACGUAUUUUAAGAGUGGAACUCUCUGACGUUCAGACCGAAUAUUAUAAAAAUAUUUUGACGAAAAACUAUAACGCGCUGACUGCGGGAACCAAAGGGACCCAUUUCUCGUUACUGAAUAUUAUGAAUGAACUGAAAAAGGCAUCUAAUCACCCAUACUUAUUUGGUAACGCAGAGAACCGUGUGCUUGCAAAAUUUGGCGAUGGAAACAGGUCUAGAGAGAACAUACUACGGGGUUUGAUUAUGUCAAGCGGCAAAAUGGUUUUACUAGAUAAAUUGUUGACAAGGCUAAAAAAGGACGGGCAUAGAGUACUGAUCUUCUCGCAGAUGGUACGCAUGCUGGAUAUACUUGGCGACUAUCUCUCUAUUAAAGGAAUAAACUUCCAGAGACUAGAUGGUACCGUCCCUUCCUCACAGCGUCGGAUUUCUAUUGACCACUUUAAUGCUCCUGACUCAAACGACUUUGUCUUCUUGCUGUCCACUAGAGCGGGCGGUUUGGGUAUCAAUUUGAUGACGGCAGACACUGUGAUCAUAUUUGAUUCCGACUGGAAUCCACAGGCCGAUCUCCAAGCAAUGGCUCGCGCGCAUAGAAUUGGUCAAAAGAAUCAUGUUAUGGUUUACCGUUUUGUGUCUAAGGAUACCGUUGAAGAAGAAGUCUUAGAAAGAGCACGCAAAAAGAUGAUCUUGGAGUAUGCUAUCAUCUCGUUAGGUGUUACAGAUGGGAAUAAAUAUACGAGCAAGAGCAAAGCCGAACCUAGUGCAGGAGAGCUGUCUGAGAUUCUCAAGUUUGGUGCAGGCAAUAUGUUCAAAGCGCAUGAUAAUCAAAAGAAGCUUGAAGAUUUGAACUUGGAUGAUGUCUUGAAUCAUGCGGAAGAUCACGUCACCACACCAGAUUUGGGAGAGUCUCAUCUCGGAGGUGAGGAAUUCCUAAAACAGUUUGAAGUCACCGAUUAUAAAGCUGACGUGGAAUGGGAUGAUAUCAUUCCGGAAGACGAGCUACGCAAACUCAAAGACGAAGAACAGAAGCGGAAGGAUGAAGAGUAUGUCCAGGAACAACUGCAAAUGAUGAAUCGUAGGAAUGUUGCUCUGAAUAAGAUAAAAAAUAGCGUCAAUGGAGAUGGAGCUCAGAGCUUAAGCGACAAAGAGGAUUCACGCUCCAAAAAACGUGCGAAAUCCAACAACCUGAACUCUAUAGGCGAAAGGGAAAUUCGUGCCCUCUAUAAAGCCAUCCUAAAGUACGGAGAUCUUACCGAAAGACUCGGCGAUCUUAUCGCAGACGGCACACUGCCCGUCAAGUCAUUGGAAAAAUAUGGUGAACUAUAUGAUGAACUUAUGAGUAUUGCCCGCAAGCAAAUUAAUGACGAAGAAUCUAAGCGUAAUGAAGCAAUAUCGAGGCUGGAGCGUGAUGUAGAAGAAUACAAAACCAAGGUGAAGUCUGGGGAAAUCAAACCAGACGAUAAUGCUAAAGACUUGCCGAUCGCACGACUGGCGGCUAAGCGGCGUGAGAAGCGCGCAGUUCUCUUUGAGUUCUAUGAAAUAAAGGGCCUCAAUGCAGAAACGAUUGUUAACCGGACGGACGACUUACGGUUCUUGCACAACUUUUUGAAGAAUAAUUACCCAUCCGACCCUAUGAAGUUCCGCUUCCUAAAUCGUCUUCCAAAGCCUAUAACUAACUGGAACUGCACCUGGACGCAGGAGGACGACGAGAAGUUGCUGGUGGGAGUAGAUAAAUACGGUUAUGGCUCCUGGUCGCAAGUCCGUGAUGAUCCUUUCCUUGGGCUUUCAGACAAAAUCUUCCUCAAUGAACCCGGCACACAGACCAACGAUUCGGCAGCCGCCGACGCUGAUGCCGCGGACAAGAAAACGCGCCUCGCCAACGCAGCGAAGAAAGUGCCCGGUUCGGUUCAUCUCGGACGCCGUGUCGACUACCUGCUCACGGUGCUUCGCGAGGAGGCCAAGGGUACGGACUCUGCCGCGGCGCCGCAGGCCGCGCUCGCGGCGAAAAAACGUGCACGCAAAUCAUCCGGCAGCAGCAAGUCUGCAACCCCGGACGCUCGCCCUGAAGAUUCACCCUCCAUCAAGCGCACCCGCGCCCUGCCCGCCGCCUCGCGGCCUUCAUCUGGCAGCCCGGGCCCACAGCUGAAGCGUAACGGCAAAAAGCAGGCGUCCCCCAAGGCGCCUAUGGAGCGCGAGUACGAGUCCAUGGACGAGGACGAGUGCCGUCGCACCAUGCACUCGGUGCGCGCGUCGCUCAAGCGCCUCAAGCGUGGCGGCGCCGGCCUCGACCGCAACGAGUGGGCGGCCAUCCUCAAGCGCGAGCUGCUCGCCGUCGGCAACUACAUCGAGCGCCACAAAGGUGAUUCCGCCGAUCGCGACCGUGCCCAGUUCAAGCGCCAUCUGUGGUCAUAUAGCGCCCAGUUCUGGCCCGCCCAGGUCAAGUCCUCCAAGAUCAUGGCUAUGUACGACAAGCUCGCUGCCUCUGCCGCCGCCCCGCGCUAG